GUAAAAUGAAAACCUGGCCUUUUGAGACUAGCUGCUGGGAGCUGUGACUACCUAAGGGAGCAGAGGAUAACUGAGCAGCUCCUGCAGGUUCUCCUCUGACGCAUCAGGUCAGCCUUGCGGCAGCUGCGUGCUGAGGGCUGGCUUCACCAGCCAGGGAUGGAAGUGCUACGCCGCUCCUCAGUCUUUGCUGCAGAGGUGAUGGAGGUUUUUGACAGGUCUCCCACUGACAAGGAGCUUGUGUCCCAAGCCAAGGCUCUCUGCAGAGACUACAUAAAUUCCAGGCUAAUCCGAGCAGGUGUCAGCUGGAGCAAACCUGAGCACAGUGCCCCAGUGCCCGGUGGUAAGCUGGCCGAGGUGUCCACCAUCCUGCUGCGCCUAGGGGAUGAGCUGGAAUACAUUCGCCCCAACGUGUACCGGAACGUGGCUCGGCAGCUGAACAUCUCCCUGCACUCGGAGACGGUGGUGACCGACGCCUUCCUGGCCGUGGCCGCGCAGAUCUUCAGCGCAGGCAUAACGUGGGGCAAGGUGGUGUCUCUCUACGCCGUGGCAGCGGGCCUGGCAGUCGACUGCGUGCGGCAUGCCCAGCCAGCCAUGGUUCACACCAUCGUAGACUGCCUGGGGGAGUUUGUCCACAAGACCUUGGUGCCAUGGCUGAAAAGGAGAGGAGGCUGGGCAGACAUCACGAAAUGUGUGGUGAAUACUGACCCUGGCCUCCGCUCUCACUGGCUGGUGGCUGCUGUCUGCAGCUUUGGGCACUUCCUCAAGGCCAUUUUCUUCGUCCUGUUGCCUGAGAGAUGAAUCUGAGUCACCCAGUGCAGCCCCCCUACCCCAUCUCCUCCCCGGCUCCAGAAGCAGUGGUAAUGGCAGUCUCUGAAGAGGAGGAAGAGAAGAACCAGGACAAACAAAACACUUGUUCUCCUCUCCCUUGAACUGGGAGCAAUGACCAAACUUCUUGCAGCCACAGGAGCCUCUCUCACCAUUAAUCCUUUCCAGAAUCUUAUUUCCCUGGGUGACUUGUAUGUGUGGCCUGGAAACUGCCAG